AUGGCCAAUCACUAUACUAUUAAACCAGCAAGAUAUUUAAUGGUUGGUUUCAAGAACUUACAGGAUUCUCAAACGAAUAACAAUAAUAUCUUAAGAGUAGCAAUGAACCAAACUCGAGAUCCUAUAAUCCGUAAAGUUCAAAGAUUAUUAGAUUUGGAAAGAAUUGACAAGAGUGUAAAGGAAGGUGGAUUUUUACCUUUCCUACAUUUGAUAUUUGCUGGUCUGGCCGCAGCAGCUGCGACUGCUGGUGGGGCGGCUGAAAUAACACAAGCCAUCAACGCCAAGAAAGCAGCUGACGCUGAAAAAAGUGAACAACGUAGACAUAAUAUGGAAAUGGAAAAGAUAGCACAAGGUUCAGGAGUAGUAGAUAUAUUAGGGACAGUUAAAGAAUUUGGAAUCGAUUUAGUGAAGAAACCAAGAAAACUGUUAAAGAGGAAUUAA